UUAUAGAACUCAAUGAAGCUAACCACGUACGCAUAAUUCAACAAGCAACUACAAACACGAGUAUCACAUUUCAUAAGCAAAACUAAAAAGAAAAAGAUAUCGUAAUAUCUUGGAUUACAAAACGAUAAAAGGAAAAAGAAAAGGGAGACUGGCAACCGGCAAAUACCAUUGAGUUCUAUAAUACGUUAUAGAACUCAAUGGCAAAUACUCCAUUCAAACCUACCCAGCACAAGCCAACCACGUACGCAUAAUUCAACAAGCAACUACAAACACGAGUAUCACAUUUCAUAAGCAAAACUAAAAAGAAAAAGAUAUCGUAAUAUCUUGGAUUACAAAACGAUAAAAGGAAAUGCUUGUGCUUGAAUUGUUUCUAUUAUUACAUGUAUUGCCUUUGGCAAGAGGAGGUAAACAGCCAAAUAUUUUGUUUAUAUUUGCUGAUGAUUAUGGUUUUAACGAUGUUGGUUAUCAUGGUUCCGAGAUUAAGACACCAGUACUUGAUAAACUUGCAAAAGAAGGUGUCAUUCUUGAGAAAUAUUAUGUUCAACCAAUUUGUACGCCAACAAGAUCAACAAUGUUGACGGGAAGAUAUCAAAUUCAUACUGGUUUACAACACGGUGUAAUUUAUCCUGCGCAACCGAACUCUAUUCCUCUUGAUGAAACAAUUGUCGCAGAGAAAUUAAAACAAAGUGGCUACAAGACUCAUAUAGUCGGCAAAUGGCAUAAUGGUUUUUAUAAAAAAGAAUGUAUGCCAACAUACAGAGGUUUCGAUACAUUUUUUGGAUAUCUUAAUGGAGCUGAAGAUUAUUAUACACAUUCGGCAAGUUUUGGAUAUCCCAAAAUACCAUUUAAUUUUUGGAAAGGUUAUGAUUUGCGUAGAAAUGAAUCAGUAAGUACAAAAGAAAAAGGUGAAUAUUCCACAUUUAUAUUUACAAAAGAAACUCAAAAGAUCAUCAGGAAUCAUGAUACUAGUUCUCCUAUGUUCUUAUACUUGGCAUUUCAAGCUGUUCAUUAUCCUUUGCAAGUUCCAGAACAAUAUAUCAAACCAUAUGAAGGGAUUAAAGACACCAACAGACGUAUUUAUGCUGGAAUGGUGUCAGCUAUGGAUGAAGCCAUAGGCAAUAUAACACAAACACUCAAAGAAAAAGGAAUUUGGAACAACACUAUCUUGAUAUUUAGCACUGAUAAUGGUGGUCAAGUGUAUCAAGGAGGAAAUAAUUGGCCAUUAAGGGGUUGGAAGGGAUCAUUAUGGGAAGGAGGUAUACGUGGAGUGGGAUUUGUCAAUAGUCCUUUGUUAGCAAAACCAAAAAGAGUCUCAUAUGAAAUGAUUCAUGUUUCUGAUUGGUUUCCAACAUUGGUAAAGUUAGCUGGAGGUGAUUUAAAUGGCACCAAACCUUUGGAUGGUUUUGAUGUUUGGGAAACCAUCAACACAGGUGAGCCUUCCCCAAGGAAUGAAAUCUUGCAUAAUAUUGAUCCAGUUAAGACUCCAUGGUCUAGUUACACCAGUUAUAAAUGGUGUCCACAGGCAGCGUUACGUGUAGGAGACUGGAAACUACUUACAGGUUGCCCAGGAGAUCCACGAUGGAUUCCUCCGCCAAAUGCAAGCUUUAACUUCAGCAAAGAGAGAGAUUUCCGCGGCAGGAAUAAGUUGUUUUUGUUCAACAUAGCAGAAGAUCCAGAAGAACGACAUGAACUAUCUUCAAAGUUUCCAGAAAAAGUUAAGGAGUUAUUGGCCAAACUUCAAGAAUACAAUAAUACUGCAGUACCUGUGAAAUACCCUAAACCUGAUCUUGCUUCAAAUCCUGCAUUCUUUAAUGGUGUCUGGUCACCUUGGAUUGUUUCCAAACACAUAAAGGUGUAAAAUACAGUGGAUGUCAAACGAACUUUUAUACAAUUUUCAGUUUCGUUCUGUGAUGACGGUAAACAAACUUUAAACUCUACAAGAUAUCUAUCUCUACUUGAUUCGUGAAAAAUAUAUUAUUAAUUUAAACAUUAAAAUCUGCUAAGGUAAAAUGGCAUUUCCAGCAAUGAAAAUAUUAUCUACUACUUUUUGAUUCACGAAA